CGUUUUGUUUCACUUAGGACAAAAAGGAAAUGACGUUGCUCGAUGCAAAUGAUUUUUGACGAAUUCAAACAUGGCGGAAUACUUGGCGUCCAUUUUCGGAACAGAGAAAGAUAAAGUCAAUUGCUCAUUUUACUUCAAAAUCGGAGCAUGCCGUCAUGGGGAUCGAUGUUCCAGACUCCACAACAAGCCAACUUUCAGCCAAACUAUUGCCCUCUUGAAUAUUUACCGAAACCCUCAAAACUCUGCACAGUCUGCUGAUGGUCUGCGCAUGUGUGCAGGCACAGUCAGUGAUGUGGAGAUGCAGGAGCAUUAUGAUGACUUCUUUGAGGAAGUGUUCACGGAGAUGGAAGAGAAAUACGGAGAGGUGGAGGAGAUGAACGUUUGUGAUAACCUCGGAGAUCACCUGGUGGGAAAUGUGUAUGUAAAGUUCCGUCGUGAAGAGGAUGCAGAGAAAGCAGUCAUUGACCUUAAUAACCGCUGGUUUAACGGGCAACCCAUCCAUGCCGAGCUGUCUCCAGUCACAGACUUCAGAGAAGCCUGCUGUCGUCAGUAUGAGAUGGGGGAGUGCACUCGAGGCGGUUUCUGCAAUUUCAUGCACCUGAAACCCAUCUCCCGGGAACUGAGGCGAGAGCUGUAUGGCCGUCGCAAGAAGAGGUGCGUGGGAGGGGGAAAAGAAACCAUAUGCAGGCAUCGCUCACGCUCACGAUCCAGGGAACGCCGCUCUCGCUCGCGGGACCGUGGUAGAGGAGGUGGAGGAGGAGGAGCCGGCGGCGGCGGUGGUGGUGGUGGUGGCGGCGGCGGCGGCAGCGAUCGAGGUGGUGGUGGUGGCGGCGGCGGCGAUCGAGGUGGCGGUGGUGGCGAUCGAGGUGGCGGCGGCGGUGGCGGCGGACGUGAAGGAGGCAGAGAUCGAGAGAGACGGAGGUCACGGGACCGGGAACGUUCUGGAAGAUUUUAAGUGUGGCUCAAACCCCUACCAUCCCCCUCCUCUCUUGGGUGUAGAAGUAGUCUCAUUAUGACCAAAAUGUGAUUAAAAUGUUGGAUUUGUCUCUCUCUCUCGCGCGCUCUCUCUCUCUCUCUUUUGAGGUUUUUUUUUUUUCCUUUUUAGUAACGACUUGCCUUCUCAAUAAAAAAAGUUUUUUGGUGA